GCGAACGCUGCCAAAGCGGCUAACGCCACCAAAGCCGCUUUCGACCAAUCAGAGCACGAUACGAUUAUCGUUAGUGGGCGCCAUUUCAUCUUGUUGGAGGGUGGAUGCGUAGUGAACCGGCGUUUUGACGGUAGCCAGUUUCUAGGACCUUCCGGUCGGCGAUCCGUCGUCGAUCAUCUGCGCCAACGUUGCAGGUGUCAGCGUCGCCAAAGGUGCGUUGUUCCGAGUCUCCGUUCGAUCGCCGUUUCGCGUGAACCGCCGCCGUAGCGCCAAAUCCAAUAUGGCUCCCAGCCCGGAUAGUGCUAACUCGACCACAAAGAAAAAGAUGUCGGAGCUUCGUGUGAUCGACCUGCGCGGAGAACUCGAGAAGCGAGACUUGGACAAAACGGGCGUGAAGGCGGCCCUGAUCGAGAGGCUGUCGCACGCGCUUCGCGACGAAGGCGAGGACCCGGAAUCGUUCGAGUUUGAGGUGCCGGCCGAGCCCACGCCGGUCAAGAAGCCGCCGACGAAGCGCGUCAACAAGAAGCUCAGUCAGGACAACGAGUCCGAGACGCAGAGCAACGACGACGCUCACGAGGCCGGUGACUCGGACUAUGAGGAGGAGGCCGAGAUCGAGACCGUGGACGAAGAGGACGAGGACAGCGUGGCCGAGGGAGACGCCAAGGCGGGCGGUGACGAAGACGAGGAGGACGAGGAAGAUGAGAAGGAGCCGGCCGCAGAGCCAGGUAAGCCGGAGAAAAAGAAAGAAGCGGCCAAGCCCGAGCCAGCCAAAGAGGAGGAGGACGGGCAGGGAGGGCAGGAGUCCGAGCAGGCGCUUAUCGUGCACGUCGACGAUAACCACGACCUCGACGGCGACAUGGAAGAGGACGAUGGCAAGGCGGCCGACGUCAAAGUGACCAACAACACGGCCGCGGCCAAGACCCCGGCGGCCAAAAAGGCCGAGGCCGCCAAAGCGCAGAAGGAGGCCGCCGAAGCGGCCAAGACCGAGACGGCAAAGAAGGCUCCGGCCAAGGCCAAGGCCGCCGCGGCCAAGGUCGUCAAAGUGGUCCCCAAAGUGGACAAAGAGACCAUACGCAACCUGUGGGUGAGCGGGCUCGCCAACACCACGCGCGCCGCCGACCUCAAAGCACUGUUUGGCAAGCACGGCAAAGUGGUAUCCGCCAAAAUAGUGACCAACGCCAAGACCCCCGGUUCGCGGUGCUACGGCUUCAUGACGAUGGGAACGCCGGAGGAGGCGUCCAAAUGCAUCCAACAUCUGAACCGCACCGAGCUGCACGGAAAGAUGAUCUCCGUGGAGCGGACCCGGCAUGAGCCUGGCGGAGCCCUCCGCAAGUCUGAAGCCAAGACAGUCGCGGCUCCGGCCACUCCGGCUGCCAAGCCGGCUGCGGCCGCCAAAGAGGCCAAAGAAGCGGCUGCCCCGCCCGCCAAGCCAAAGCCGGCGGCCAAGGCCAAGGAGGCGGCCAAAGCCAAGGAGGCGGCCGAGAAGGCCAAGCCGGCCAAGGCGGAAGCGGAGAAGCCGGAAGAGGAGUUGGAGGUGGUGGACGAGAAUGCCGAGGAGAAGGAGGACGAAGAGGAGGAGGAGGAGGGCAAGGGCCGCAAGCACAGGGAGGUCCGCAGACGCAGCCGCAGCCACUCGCGAGAGCACUUCCCCCGGCGGCGCUUCUUCCGCCCCUUCAUCCGGGGCUUUCGCCCGACGCGGGGCUUCCGGCGCCCCUUCGUCCGCCGGCCUUUCUUCCGCGGACCCUUCCGCGCGCGCAUGAACAACAACGAUUUUGGACGUGACCAGCGGGAGCCCUUCCGGGGCGGGCCCUUUCGAGACGGCGACGGUCCCUCCUUCCGGCAGCGGGAGCUGGAGCGGCGCCAGCACGAGGAGGCGAUGCGCAUUGAGCGCGAGCGGGAGCGCCUGCGCGUGGAGCGGGAGAAGCUGGAGCGAGAGCGGCUGGAGCUGCUGCGCCUGGAGCGCGAGAAGCAGCGGCUGGAGCGGGAGCGCAUCCAGCGGGAGCGGGAGGAGCUCCGCCUGCGCAAGAUGGGGCGGGGGGACUUUGGGGACGGCGGCCCCAUGCGCCGGCCCAUGAAGCGACCCUACGACGAAGAAGGGGGGGUCCCGCCCGCGGCGCCGCGCAUGGAGGGUGGCGGCGACUUCUGGCGGGCGGGGGGCGCCAAGCGUCCCCACAUGGGCUACGACCGGAGCACGGACAGAGAUGACCGGCGCUUUGAGCGCUCCCCGGGGGACUUUGGGGACCGGGAGUUCCGCAGAGACCGGCCGACCAGGGACUCUCCGCCGGGGCGCCAGCGCUUUGCCCCCAAGGAGGGCUUCUCGGCAGGGGGCGGGGCCUACGGGGGAGGUGCGAGGUUCCCCUCGGGGGGAGGGGAGUUGUGGGGCUCGGGGGGCCGCCAAGGGGGCAGGGGGGGCUACUCCUCGUCCGGGGUCUCUCAGUCUUGGGGCGCGGACGCGGGGCGCAAGCAGGACUCAUCGUGGUCUUCGCAGCCGGAGCGCUGGGUGUCGGGGGGCCGAGGCGGGGGGGCGGCGGGGCAGGGCUCGCAGGGCUACAAUUCGGGGGCCGGCAAUUCCAACAUGAUGGCCCACUCGGGCAUGGGGGGAGGGGCCAACUUCAAUGCCAACCGCUACAUGGGCGGCGGAGGGGGGGUCAGGCGUUACUGAGAGCCCUAGUUGCCCCUCUUUGAGAGCACGAUGGUUGCUACAACCCAGAGUUCUGUGUACCUGUGUUGCGAGAGCCCACUGUUUUCUGCACUUUGUUCACGAGGGGGAAGAAUUUCAACCGAGAAGAUUGUCAGUCGCGCAAAAAUGUCACGGCUUGGCUUUAUUUCUUUGGUUCUGUCUCGAGCGCCAUUGUAGCACAAUGUUAAGAGAAAAACUGUGCCUCUAUUGAAAAUGACACGUGCAACUAGCAAAGGCAAAGCGCAAAAUGUGAAUUGGCGAAAAAAAGCUCCAAGCCUCUGUUGCGAAUGCUCGGAAGAAGCGAGGCAGUGAAAAGCUUGUUUUGCGAGAGAAAAAAAAGAGGCUGUGAAAACAUUGUUUUGCAAAAGCCAGAUGAGGCUGUGAACCCCCCUUCUCUUAUGAGCAAUGUCACUUUGUUUUCUUUGUGGAUGUUACCAAUUGUCACUCAAAUUCACCGCACGAAGCGAAAAGCAACGGCAUUUGUCGCCCUCAUCCCAAUUGUCGUGGAAUGCCUACUUGUCGUACCAGCGUCAUUCUCGCGCCGGCCUGCCUUUAGACCUCGGCGGUGCAACGGCCAUCCUUUCAACAUUGUCUCCCAGAACACUGGUAAAGUUUCAGUCGCCGAUCCAUUUGAGAUGUGUGUUCCACCCUUCCCCAUUCAUUCUCGUAGCAUCUCGAGGUAAAGUGAUUUCUUUUGUCCUUGUUAGAUGUGCUUUGGUUAUUGCGGUGUGCUGUAUCAAAACUGCAUUGUCAUAUUCAUUGUAGCGUGUAAUGGGCAUUGAUGUUUUCAAUAAAGUUGCAUUCUAGCUGGAGCCAGUCAGGAAAACUGAACUCUGUAUUGGCUGAUUUUAUCCAUUCUGAUGAUUAUUUUGGGUGUCACGUAGCUUUGCAGUUACUCUUUACAGGAAAGCAGUGUCUCUGGAAAGUUGGGCAGCUAAACUCUUAGCUCGGAGCAGGACAGCAGGCAGUACUGCGAGCUGUUGGAAUUGAGUAGCGUGUCGCAAAGUGUUUAUGUGGUGCCGUUAAUGUUUCUAGUUUUUCAGCUCCAGCCUCCGGAAAGUUGCCGAGAUCUCGUCCCUGCCCUGGGAGAUUGGAGAAGAUUCUCGAUAAUAAACCGUUUCCUCGUA